UGCCAAGUAUAGACUGCUAGCUCUCUUGGGCUUCAUUGAAUACCCAGACCAUCUACCAUACUCAUCUACAAACAAAUUGCGCUUUCUUCGCAAUGGAUCUAGAGCUCGUUUUUAAAGGCGCCAACCUGGGUGCCAGCAUGAUCAUGCUGCUUGGCGGCCUUUCUCAAUUCUUCACAGGCGGCUUCAAGCUCUUCAUCAUUAGCGGCUACAUCAUGGCCUUUGCCGUCAUCACAGCUGCCCUUGAAUUCACAACCCACCCAAUUGUCGUCAAGUAUUGCAGCUUCCUCUUCUCCUUCCUAGGCAGAGGCUUGUUCUAUAUCUUUGUGGGAGGCUUGACACUCAAUCAAAGCGCGCUGUCCAUCAUUGCUGCAUCGCUCUUGAUCUUGCUUGGCAUCGUCUACAUCGGUAUGGAGUUUAGCCCUCAAAUCGAACGGCCUUUGAAUAUGCGGGAUCCAGAUGAGGCUCUGGAUGAUGAGAUUGAAGGAAUCGUAUAGCCGCAUAGCCCAGUAUAAUUGCCUGAUGAUUGACUUUGCUGUUUGCGUAGCCCAAGAUGACUUUUGCAGAUGCCACGACAUCACUUCAUCUACACACUCUCUCUUUAAAAGCUUAAGCUGGAGCUGCCUGCAUGCA